AUGGAGAGACUUUCGGUCUUCCUUGAUGUUCCUCUAGCUAAAACAACAGGCGUUCCAAUGGAUGCCUACAGGGAUGAUCCUUCACCCCAAAAAGUGUGCCUCGGCCAUGCAGGCUGCCAGACUGAUUGUGCAGAAACAGUCUGGAUACCUCCAGUUGUGCAACGAAUUCUGCUUCAAAUCCCCCAAGACCCAACACUGGAUCAUGAAUACCUCCCAGAGCUUGGCAUUGUGGAAUUCACCAGAGCAGCCAUGGAGCUCAUCAUUGGCAAGGACAGUCGCGCACUCUUAGACAACAGGGCAGGAGGUGUUCACACCAUAGGGGGAACAGGCGCAGUAUGGAUUGGAGCUGAAUUUCUGCGCCGUUGGUACAAACCCAGUAGUUCGACUCCAGCAACUAUUUAUAUUGCUGAACCACAAAUGGACACUGUUGGUUCCAUCUUCAAACAAGUUGGAUUUACCAACAUCUGUCUGUACCAUUUAUGGGAUCCCAUCCAAUUGAUGGUCGACAUCAAAGUGUUCCUGAAGGAACUGCAGGAUGCACCAGAAGGCUCUGUCGUGUUCCUCCAUGCUCCUGAAGAAGCUGGCCUGACAACCGGGCAGUGGGAAGAAGUUGCAGCAGCGAUGAAGACAAGGCAUCUCUUCCCCUUUUUCGACAUCCCAGCUCAAGGACUAGCUUCAGGAAACCUGGACAGAGAUGCCUGGGCGCUGCGGCACUUUGUGGAAAGAGGUUUUGAGCUUCUGUGUGCCCAGUCCUUUUCCAAAAUAUUUGGCUUAUAUGACGAGCGGGUGGGGAACCUCAUCGUGGUGACCAAGGACAAUGAGACACUGCUCAGAAUCCACUCCCAGAUUGCCAAGCAAAUCAUGAUGACAUGGUCUGGCCCCACCAGCUUGGGGGGACGGGUCAUUGCGAUGGUGCUAACCAGCCCUGCCCUCCUCUAUGAAUGGAAACAGAGCCUCCAGACCCUGGUAAAAAGAAUUAUGCUGAUUCGAGAGAAACUGAAAGAGAAGCUGCGGAUCUUGGGGACCCCAGGCUCAUGGGAACAUAUUACAGAGCAGUCAGGAGUAUAUAGUUUCACUGGGCUCCUCCCUUCCCAAGUGGAGUACCUAGCGAGGCACAAACACAUCUACCUCUUUCCGAACGGGCAGAUCAACAUCUGCAGCAUUAACUCCAGGAACCUGGAAUACGUGGCUCAAAGCAUCCAUGAAGCCGUGGUGGCCACCACUCUCCAGGACUGCAGUCACACCAGGAAGAAUGUUGACUAA